AUGAAACAAAUGCAAAUUCAAGAUAUCUUGAUUUAUUCGUACUUGCUGUUCACUUUGUUGCUAGUAUUUGUAGUGGAAGCGCAGCAACCUGAUUCACUCUCCGGCUGUCCUGCUCUUAGCGCAAUAGCAAAUGUUGAUUCUUAUAACGGAAGUUUUUGCUUCUGUAAUGUUCGGGAUAGUGGUCACGUACAUAUCAACUGUUUGUACAGUUCUACUUUGGAACAAUUCAAAAAAGCACUUCUUGCUGUUAGUGCUGCAAAAAAAACCGUCCAACAGGUGACAUUAAGCCGUGUUAAAUUUGACGCUGGUGUACUACCUGGAAAAAUUUUCGAUAAUCCUUAUGCACCUAUACAAAUCAUAUCCAUCGAUAAAUGUGCUGAACACACUCCCCUGAACAUUCAUGAGGAUUCAUUCCAUGGCCUAGCUGAGCACUUGCAAGAACUUUACAUUACCAACUGUAACCUAGAGCAAUUUCCACAAAAAGCAAUUCAAAACUUAACGAAAUUGAGAGUUUUAUCAUUGGCCUACAACAAGUUAACUAAUCUGGUUAGAACGGAUUUCCAAACAUUACAACAUGUGGAAAUCUUGAAUCUCGAAGGAAAUUUUAUAUCGUCCUUAGAAAAUGGGACACUAUCGGUACUUCGCAAUUCCUUAAAACAGCUUAGUAUCGGAAAUCACAACUCUCUCAACGAUAUCUUCGACGAAAUCUCACAGCUUAAAGAACUCGAAGUUCUAGAUAUGGGUCGAGCCAAUGGUAUCACUAAUAUAACAGAUGGAACAUUUGGAGAACUGAACAAAUUGGAAAAGCUAUUACUACCCGAAUGUAGUCUAACAGUUAUCCACAAGAACACAUUCCAAGGUCUUACGAAACUCACAGAGCUCGAUUUACGAAUCAAUUUACUAAAUGAAGUGGAAUGUGGAAGUUUUGUUUGGACACCAAGUCUACAACGCUUAUCACUUGCCGGAAACUAUCUAAAUGAAAGCUUAGCUUGCUGGUGGGAUGGACUAGAACAUUUGAAAGAACUCGAUCUUGGAUGGAAUGAGUUUUCAUUUCUGGAAAAAAAUGCUUUCUACAAACUUGGUCCAACACUUAACUUCCUAAACCUUCGUCACAAUAAGCGAUUAAUGCACGCAAGUUUUAAAUCAUGGAAGAAAAUAAAUCAGUUUCCGCAAAUAAAUAGGAUUUUGAAGAUCGAUGAAAAUGCUUUCAACGGACUCAGUAAUCUCCAUCGCUUAAAUAUGAGUGAUAUAAGCAUCACAGAAUUUAAUAAAAUCCUCAAACACCUUCCUUCACUACAUGAGCUGGACUUGAGCAACGGGAAACUGCAGCAGAUCGAUGAAAGCGAUUUGGAAGCUCAAAAUGAAAGGUUGGAAGGACUAAUAUUACGCAAUAACCAACUGACAACAUUACCACGAAGUGUGCUAGAAAAUAUGAAAAAUUUACGUUUGCUGGACUUAUCAAACAACAAUUGGCUGUGUGAUGAAAAUAUGGAAUCGCUUGUAGAAGAGAUCGAAUUGAAGUACAAAGAAGCAGUUCUGCUAGACCAAAAUUUCAUAUUACUGCACGCUAACGAAACAAACUGUAACCGUCCGAACAGUUUACAAGGACAAGCAAUAAUGAAUGUAAUUAAAGAUUCAUUCAAGAUGUAUAAUUCAAGCAAUGAUGCCAUCUAUUCAACGAUAUCAACAAUGCCAACAGUGGAUAACGAUCUAAAACUAGAAGAUAUUAGUACAGGCCUUCUCAAUAAAUUUCUAGCUAAAGGUGGUUUAAUUGGCGAUGAAAAUGCAAAAUUCGAGCAUCAUCAAAAUACAUCCUCUAUUGUACAUGCCCUAUACCACUUGGAUAUGAAAACUGAAUUAGUCAGCGAACAAACCAAAACCAAUCCCGCAGCAAUAAUUGCUGUUGUUAUUACGUUGACGAUCAUCUCCACUGCUAUCAUCGUUGCUGUCAUCAGACAUUUAAGGAAACAGAAAAGUAGAAUGGGGAAGCGAACUACUUUUGAAAUGCGUGAUAAAGUAGUAACAAAUGAUGCAAAACUGAAAGAGCAUUCGAAUUUGCAUGAAGUGAUCAAAGAUAAUGUCUGA